AAGAUUUAAUAUCGAACAAGACGGCCGCUCGAGUACACUAUAGAUUCAAAUAUUCAGUGUGACAAGCGACUAUGAUAUAAAUUCAUAGAGUUAAAUUGUUUUUAAUUUUUGAAAAGUUAUUGCUGUGGUUGCAUCAGCUCUAAGGAUUUGAUAAGGAUCUUGGAUUGGACUUAGAUUGGAUUGAAACUUGUCUUCACCAAAGGACACAUUGUUGGCGUUGUUAUUAAGAAAAUGGCCCUGCGAGUACUUGGCUUGAUAUUACUAGUGAUUGGUUUCUGCGAAUCUUACAAGAUACUGGUGAUAAGUCCCGUUGCUGCCAAGAGCCAUGCUAUCUUGGGCGAUGGAGUCAUCAAGCAUCUUCUGAAGGCUGGACACCAAAUCUCUUACGUAACAGCGUUUCCUGAAAACAAUUCCCACCCAAACCUUACAAUUAUAGAUGUCAAAGCAACUACAGAUAUUAUAAAAGAGGAAGUGAUGAGUUUAGACAUGAUAAUUAAUAAAAAGUCCGAUCUACAAAAUAUACAAUUUAUUGUAAAUCUGUUUGUGGAAAUGGGAAAGCAGACAAUAGUAAAUAAAAAUUUUCAAAAUGUCCUGAAAGAUAAAAAACAACAGUUUGAUGUAAUUAUAGCAGAAUGGAUGUUCACGGAAAUAUAUUCUGGAUUAAUACCUGUUUUUGACUGUCCAUUGAUAUGGCUAUCCACUAUUGAACCUCAUUGGAUGGUAAUAAAACUUAUCGACGAAAUUCCAAACCCUGCGUAUACGCCUGACAGCCUGACAGUUUAUGCACCACCUUUCACAUUUUGGCAGAGAGUUCAACUAUUAUUAAACUUAUUUCUUGGACAGUAUCUACAAUAUAGCUAUGCAUAUGGACCAGAACAAAAUACUUAUGAACAAUUCAUAGUACCUCAUAUAAGAGAUAAGAUCAGACCGGUACCAUCAUUUGAUGUUUUGAGGUAUAAUGCGUCUCUUAUGUUUGGAAACUCGCAUUAUUCGCUGGGAACAUCCACGAGAUUACCUCUAAACUAUAUUUCUAUUGGUGGCUAUCACAUUGAUACUGACACGAAACCUUUACCAAAAGGUCUUCAAACAAUUAUGGAUAACGCUAAAAACGGGGUUAUUUACUUCAGUAUGGGAUCGAACCUAAAAAGCAAACAUUUUCCCCAAGAACUAAGAGAAGGACUACUUAACCUUUUUGGAGAAUUAAAACAGACUGUUAUUUGGAAAUUUGAAGAACAGUUAGAGACUCGUCCAAAGAAUGUACAUAUAGUGCAAUGGGCUCCUCAGCAGAGUAUCUUAGCGCAUCCAAAUUGCGUUCUUUUCAUUACGCAUGGAGGUCUUCUCUCAACGACAGAAGCUAUUCACUUUGGGGUUCCUAUAAUUGGGAUCCCAGUUUUUGCUGAUCAGUUCACGAAUAUUGAGGUAGCUGUUAACAAGGGCUAUGCGAGAAAGACUCCUCUAUCUUAUUCGAUGGUGGAUGACUUAAGAGAGAGCAUACGUGAUGUUUUAAACAAUCCCAAAUACUCAGCUAAGGCAAAAGAGCUAUCUCGGAUCUACCACUCCCGUAUGGUGCACCCUAGCGUAGAUCUGGUACACUGGACUGAGGAAGUAGUGGCUUCGCAGGGUGCGCUGUAUCUUCGCUCUGCUGCGUUGCAAACGCCUCUCUACCAGAAAUUAUACCUGGACUUGGCUGCUUUAGUUACUUUAAUAAUUUUUGUGUUUAUAUAUCUUACUAGAAAAGUUUUAGGGAGUUUUACUAAAAAGGCACAUAAUGACAAGAAAAAAAAUUAAGAUUUUAGCAUUUAGCACUAACUCAUUUGUAACAAUAACUAAUAACAGUAUUUUAUUUCAUUUUAUUUUUGGCGGACAUACUGUUGAGAUAUUUUGGCUGUUAAUAUAUUUCAUUGUUUAAAUUCAAAACACUUGUUAGAGUAUUUGACCGCGUCAUAUACAAUAAAAUUUAUAGUUUUAUUAAAACCAUACUUAUUCCAGAACAUCAUGGGUUUGAUGUUUAAUUUUUUAUUUAGUUUUAGUUAUUAUUUUUUAUGUUUUGUUUCUUUUUAAUGUGGUUAUUUGUUUAAUUUUUUGCCUUGCUAGCUUGCUUAUGUUCUAAUUAAUUGAU